AUGAAGCUCAUUUAUACUACCAGCAUCAUCACCGCCAUCUUGGCUACUGUUGUACCAGCUCUCCCCGUCGCUGAUGCCGAAGCUAAUGCUGCCAUGAUUCUCGAGAAGAGAGGCAGUACUCAAUUCGCAGUCUACACUGAUUCUUCUUGCGGUGGUGGUGCCGUUAUUUUCACUGAUGGAGCUGCUACUACGAAAGGCAACUUUGGAGCCACUCAACACAGCAUCAAGAUCUUGAGCUUGACUCCAAACUACCACGUCACCUUUUAUACUGGUCUCAACCAAGGAGGUGAAAAGUCCCAGUAUGGAGCUGCUUCAGUUGGAAGCUGUGUUGCAAAUGUCAACUUUCUGAGCUACGGAUUCUACUCCGGAGCUUAA